UUUAAACCGGCACUGGGCAAAUCCAUCUCCAUGGGCUCAUCCCACCCUGCAUGGAGUGAAGCAGCUCAUCGUUGAGAUGUACAACAACCCGAAGAUUAACCUGGAGUUCUACAUUGACAUCCAUGCGCACUCUACCAUGAUGAAUGGCUUCAUGUAUGGGAACAUCUUUGAAAACGAGGAAAGAUUUCAGCGACAGGCUGUUUUCCCCAGGCUGCUCUGUCAGAAUGCUGAAGAUUUCUCUUACUCCAGUACAUCCUUCAACCGAGAUGCUGUGAAAGCAGGGACAGGCCGGCGUUUUCUUGGUGGGCUGUUAAAUGAUACGUCCUACUGCUACACCCUGGAAGUCUCAUUCUACAGCUACAUCGUGGGUGGAACUACUGCUGCUGUCCCUUACACAGAAGAAGCAUAUAUGAAGCUUGGAAGGAAUGUGGCCAGGACGUUCUUGGACUAUUACAGGCUGAACUCCUUGGUGGAAAGACCACUGGCAGCAACUCCUAAAAUUCGGAAGGAAAAGCCGCCAGCCUUUAAAUGCACCACCCAGAAGAGCCAGGGGACCAGCCAUGCUGACAGCAAGCCAGGGAAGAGAAGCCUGAAGGACCAAUCUCUCCCUGCACGAUGAGAGGA